GUAAAAUGUUCACUGCCUAAGUCACCUAGCAUUGGAUGUGGAAGUGCAUGGAACCCUUGAUGACUUCUCCGCAUUUCCAUUCGAGUCUUACAUAGGCGUCCUGAAGCGAGUAGUGCGGAACGCACGAAAUCCCGCGGCGCAGAUUGUGAGACGGUGCUUGGAAUAUGCGGACGUCUCCAAUUUCUCGCCUUGGCCUGAAUCUCAGCUUACUCGCAUACAACAUCGUGCAUUAACACGUCGUGAACUGUUGAUACUGGAUGGUACAACGUACGCAUGCAGCGCACCUGAUAACGUUAUCAUCGUAUCUGAUUACCCGUAUUGCAUUGUCCGGUUUGACCAUAUGGGCUCAGAAUGUGAGACCAUUGUUUGUAAACCUUUCACAGGCGUGCAUGCGUUGUACCAUCUCCAGAUACCUUCUUCCGUUUGCAACAUAUUUGCAGCCUCAGGCAUCAGCGAUGAUCUCAAAUCAUUCCGUGUGGGUGAUAUACUUUGCAAAUGUGUAUGCUUCUCUGUUGAUGAGUCAUCUAUUUCAGCGUUAUGGCUUCGUUAACAUAUUGCUUCGUUUCCCUGAGCACGUCCACUGGAUGCUCGGUUACAACCAUAAGCAGCUCUUGGCUGCUUGGGGACGGUCGGCAGGCGCUGCUACCAAACGUACCCCCUUCGGAAUACCUUAACGCUGUGAGGGAACACCGGCCGGCGGAGGAUAACUGUAAGUUGGCCCGUGUGACUAUACUUCGGCGAACCAGUAAGUUCUGUGCUGUCAUAAGUCUUCAGUGGAUUUCGAUCAGGCUGCUGCAAUAGCAAACUCAGUCGACCUUUCGAACCUGCCGGAAGACACGGAUUCAACAGUCGACAUGGGCACACCCCCACGUAGACUCAUGUGAGUUGCCACAUCUAUAUAACAUUUCAUCACAGCCGUAUGCCACGUCGUUUGGUUUCGGACGACGAUGACUUUGAGCCACCCAGGAAACGCAUGGUUCCAACAGCCGUUCCAUAUGGCUCGCCACCUAUCUGUUCUUUAACUGAGUUGGCCCGCUCGAUGGGUAAAAACUCACGUCAGUGGUCUUCCCAGCAAUACAACAUGGGUGGAUACAAACCAGCUUAUACAGCGUUCAAUACCGCAUCUAACUGUGGUGAAAAGUCGAGCCCACAGAUUCCGUCAACGGCAUCGGUACUAGAGUCCACCUCCGAUUCCUCCUUCAUCACCGUUCCUACAAGCAACUGGAAUGCUAUUCACCGCGAUAUAGACCAAAUGAAGAAUGAACUGCAGUCCAUAAAUGGUAAUGUUCAGAAAAUUAUGGAGACACUGGAGUAUAUGAAGAGCUCCAUGAGAUCGAUGGCUGCAACAAUUGCCGGGCAACCAGGGCAGCAGGCAACGCAGCUUCCUUUGCCAAUUACAUCGGUGGAGGAACUGCAGUCCUUCGAUAUACUAAUGCAGGAUGCAGGACGCAGGCAACAAUUGGUAGGAGGCUUUGAUACCUCACAUAUGCAUGCAGCAUACUUAUCUGGAAGGUGUGCA